AUGGCCUCCCAAUGGCAGCCGAGCGCCGACUCGCUCAGCCAGCUCGCAUCAUGUCUCAAGGACUCCCUAAGCGGCUUCAACAAAGCUGCGCAGAAGCAAGCCGAACUCAUGCUGACACAGGCAAAGUCGUCGCCCGAUAUCAACAACUACCUCGUCUACCUCUUCUCGAGCACCACACCCCCUGACGGUGUACAAUGUACACCCGAAGACUUCCACCUCGUCCGUGCCGCCGCAGCCAUCAUGCUGAAAAAUAACAUCAAAACCGGCUGGAAGCAGAUCCCCGAGGCUAGUUUCGCCAUGAUUAAGACGGGUAUUCCCUUCUGCCUGGAGGACAAGAACUCUCAGAUACGGAACUAUGCAGGGAAUAUCGCCACCGAAGUGGUCCGCAGGGGAGGCAUUCUAAGCUGGCCCGAGUUAUUACCCAAGCUCCUCGAGUUGCUCGGGAACGAGACGGGGCAAGUGUCUCCUGAGGCACAGGAGGGCGCUGUGAUGGCGAUGGCCAAAAUUUGCGAGGACAAUACCAAGAUGUUGGAGCGCGAGCUCAAUGGCCAGCGACCUCUCAACUUCAUUUUACCAAAACUCGUUCAGGCGACCAAGAGUCCACUGCCCAAGGUGCGGGCUCAGGCCUUGACGGCAAUCAAUGUGUACACGCCUCGAAAGUCCCAGGCGAUGCUCAACGUCAUCGAUGACUUGUUACAGCACAUCUUCACCCUUGCCACCGAUUCGAACCCAGAUGUCCGACGACAAGUGUGCAGGGCGUUCGUUCAACUGGUGGAAACUCGACCUGACAAGCUUCAACCUCAUCUUGCUGGUCUAGUCGACUACAUUAUCACCCAACAGAAGAGCGACGAUGAAGAAUUAGCCUGCGAUGCGGCUGAAUUCUGGCUAGCCGUGGGUGAACACGAGCAUUUGUGGCAGUCUUUGACACCGUACAUCAGCAAGAUCAUCCCUGUAUUGCUAGAGUGCAUGGUCUAUAGUCCCGAAGACAUUGCUCUGCUGGGCGGCGCAUCAGACGACGAGGACGAGGAAGAUCGCGAAGAGGACAUCAAACCCCAGUUUGCCAAGAAAUCGACUGCCAGGACGGCCAACGGCGGUGAAGGGUCAGCCGAUGCAUCUCAGAAUGGAAAUGCAUACGAGAAGUUGGCCAGCAUGGAAGACGAGCUGGAAGAGGGCGAGCUCGAGGACUUCGACGAUGGCGACGACACGAACCCCGAUGAGCGAUGGACACUUCGAAAAUGCUCGGCGGCCGCCUUGGACGUUUUCGCCAGGGACUACCGUGACCCAGUCUUCGAGUGCAUUCUGCCGUACCUGACGACCAACCUCAAACAUGAGGAUUGGCCCUACAGAGAAGCUGCAGUCCUUGCUCUGGGGGCUGUAGCCGAGGGUUGUAUCGAUGUCGUAACACCGCAUCUCCCCGAACUCGUUCCGUAUCUCAUUACACUACUUAAUGACCCGGAGCCCGUGGUUCGCCAGAUCACUUGCUGGACUCUCGGUCGAUAUUCGUCCUGGGCAGCUCAGCUGAGCAAUCCCGCUCAAAAGCAAGCUUUCUUCGAGCCAAUGAUGGAAGGCAUUCUGAUGAAGAUGCUGGAUAAGAACAAAAAGGUGCAGGAAGCAGGCGCCUCGGCUUUUGCGAACCUGGAAGAGAAAGCCGGCAAGAACCUCGAGCCGUAUAGUGGCCCCAUCAUACAGCAAUUCGUGAGCUGUUUCGCAAAGUACAAGGACCGAAAUAUGUAUAUCCUCUACGACUGCGUUCAAACACUGGCUGAGCAUAUUGGUCCUGUGUUGGCACGACCUGAUCUCGUUAAUCAGCUCAUGCCGGCUCUGAUUGAUCGGUGGCAGAAGGUGUCAGACCAGUCGCGAGAACUCUUCCCCUUACUUGAAUGCCUCUCGUACGUCGCAAUGGCGCUGAACGACGCAUUCACGCCAUUCGCGCAGCCAAUUUUCAGCCGCUGCGUCAACAUCAUCCACCAAAACCUCGAGGCCUCCAUGGCAUUGGCCAACAACCCAGCACUUGAUGUGCCGGAUAAGGAUUUCUUGGUAACGAGCCUUGACCUCUUGAGCGCCAUCAUACAAGCACUCGACAAGGAGAAGUCGGCCCAGCUCGUCAGAGAGUCACAGCUACCGUUCUUUGAGCUUCUUACCUUUUGCAUGGAGGACCCUGCUGACGAGGUUCGGCAAUCGGCGUACGCCUUGUUGGGAGACUGCGCAAAAUACAUUUUCAAGGAGUUGCAAUCAUCUCUGAGCAACGUCUUCCCGGUGCUGUUGAAGCAAUUAGAUCUUGACAGCAUCUUAGACGAGGAGAUUGACAGCGGCUUUAGCGUCGUUAACAAUGCGUGUUGGUCGAUAGGAGAGAUAGCGGUGCAAUAUGGUGAUGGGAUGGCACCAUAUGUUCCCGAACUGUUCCAGCGCUUUAUCGAGACUAUCACGAAUCCUGGCAUACCCAAAGGAGUGACCGAGAAUGCAGCUAUAGCUCUCGGCCGUCUUGGGCUUGGCAAUGCCAGUCUGCUGGCCCCGCAUUUGGCCAGCUUUGCUGAAGAAUUCCUGACUUCAAUGGAUGAGGUCGACCCUAGUGAUGAAAAGGCCACGGCAUUCAGGGGCUUCACUGUCAUUGUUGAACAAAACCCCAUGGCGAUGGAGAAGUCGCUCCUGCACUUCUUCACGUCGAUUGCGCGCUAUAAGGAUCUAAAGUUGAAGAGCGACACUAAGAAUGGCCUUCAUGAUGACUUCCAAAAGGCUAUUGGCAUGUACCGUCAACUGAUUCCCCAGUUCAAUGAUUUCGUCAACCAGAUGGCGCCCCAAGAUCAGCAGGCCCUGAGGACCAACUACGCCCUAUAA